UAAAGUCGGAACCCUUUAUGGGGUCGCUUUCUGUUGUGACACGGCCCGGAUGUAAUUUGAUGCAACGCACGCUCCUUUUCCGGUCUCUUUCCCCCACAGCCCCUGGACGAAAAUGACGAAGGGAACAUCAUCUUUCGGUAAGCGCCGGAACAAGACGCACACCCUGUGCCGUCGUUGUGGGUCCAAAGCCUACCACCUGCAGAAGUCCACCUGUGGCAAGUGUGGUUACCCGGAGAAGCGCAAGAGAAAGUAUAACUGGAGUGCCAAGGCAAAGAGGAGGAAUACCACUGGUACCGGCCGUCUCAGACACAUGAAGGUUGUCUACCGUCGAUUCAGAAAUGGCUUCCGGGAAGGCACUGCCCCCAAACCCAAGCGUGCAGCAGUUGGUGCCUCCAGCUCUUCAUAAAUGACACAUUUUUGGUUAAAUAAAUGUGAUGAACCAUA